GUGUGUGUGUGUGUGUGUGUGUAUCUGUGUCUGUGUCUGUGUACGUGCUCGCGCGUGCCCCUACCUCUCUGUGUCCCUUAUUCUGGCCCUCAGUUUUCCUCUUCCCGCUUCCCCCUCCUGCUGCCUUGCUCCCCCUCCCUUCUUCUCUCCUCUCUCUCUCUCCCUCCCUCCCUCCCUCUUUCCUUCUCUCUUUCUCUCUCCCUGGCUGCUCUGCCUCCCCAAAGCCCCAACCACCUGUGCAUCUGAGAAACCUAACUCCUUUCCUUGGAGCCUCGGGGAGUUGUGCCCUGGGGGGGGAGGCAGGGGCAGAGGCACACCGCCGGGAGGGGGCUGCCUGCCUCUUUCUUCCUCCUCCCUUCCCUGCACCCCCCCCCCCGUUUCCCCUUCUCUCCUCCGCCCCCCCCCUUCAGUCUGACGCUGCCUCCUCAGGAAGGGUGUUUAGAGGGCAGCGGCCGCCCCAAGCCGGAGCCCCGCAGCGCUUCUUAUGAUCAGCUCGGUGUGUGUAUCCUCGUACCGCGGGCGUAAGUCGGGGAACAAGCCUCCGUCCAAAACAUGUCUGAAGGAAGAAAUGGCCAAGGGCGAGGCGUCGGAGAAGAUCAUUAUCAACGUGGGCGGCACGCGACAUGAGACCUACCGCAGCACCCUGCGGACCCUGCCCGGCACUCGCCUCGCCUGGCUGGCGGACCCCGACGGAGGGGGACGGCAGGAUCAGGAUGGGGGCGGCGGCCGUGCGGGGAGCAGCAGUAGUUGCGGCGGCGGCAGCGAGUUUUUCUUUGACCGGCACCCGGGCGUCUUUGCCUAUGUCCUUAACUACUACCGCACCGGCAAACUGCACUGCCCCGCAGACGUGUGCGGCCCGCUGUUCGAGGAGGAGCUCACCUUCUGGGGCAUCGAUGAGACCGACGUGGAGCCCUGCUGCUGGAUGACCUACCGCCAGCACCGAGAUGCCGAGGAGGCGCUGGACAUCUUCGAGAGCCCCGACGGCGGCCCCGCAGCCGGGGAGGAGGCCGGAGAGGACGAGCGGGAGCUGGCCCUGCAGAGGCUGGGCCCUCACGAGGGUGGCAGUGGAGCCGGCCCUGGGGGCGCAGGUACCUGCAAAGGAUGGCAGCCGCGGAUGUGGGCGCUCUUUGAGGAUCCCUAUUCAUCUCGAGCUGCCAGGGUUGUGGCCUUUGCGUCUCUAUUUUUUAUCCUUGUCUCCAUCACCACUUUCUGCCUGGAGACGCACGAGGCCUUCAACAUUGACCGCAAUGUGACAGAGAUCCACCGAGUGGGGAACAUCACCAGCGUGCGCUUCCGGAGGGAGGUGGAGACGGAGCCCAUCCUGACCUACAUCGAGGGGGUCUGCGUCCUUUGGUUCACCCUGGAGUUCCUGGUGCGGAUCAUCUGCUGUCCAGAUACACUGGACUUUGUCAAGAAUCUGCUGAACAUCAUAGACUUUGUGGCCAUCCUUCCCUUCUACCUGGAGGUGGGGCUGAGUGGACUCUCCUCCAAGGCAGCCCGGGACGUGCUGGGCUUCCUGCGUGUGGUCCGCUUCGUCCGAAUUCUACGCAUCUUCAAGCUCACCCGACACUUUGUGGGCCUCCGGGUCUUGGGCCACACUCUCCGCGCCAGCACCAACGAGUUCCUAUUGCUGAUCAUUUUCCUGGCCUUGGGCGUCCUCAUCUUCGCCACUAUGAUCUACUACGCCGAGCGAAUCGGGGCCAAGCCGUCCGACCCGAGAGGCAAUGACCACACCGACUUCAAGAAUCCCAUUGGCUUCUGGUGGGCUGUGGUCACCAUGACAACACUAGGCUAUGGAGACAUGUACCCCAAGACGUGGUCAGGGAUGUUGGUGGGGGCGCUGUGUGCCUUGGCUGGGGUACUCACCAUUGCCAUGCCCGUCCCUGUCAUUGUCAACAACUUUGGCAUGUACUACUCCCUUGCCAUGGCCAAACAGAAGCUGCCCAAGAAAAGGAAGAAGCAUGUGCCCCGGCCCCCCCAGCUCGAGUCACCGGCCUACUGCAAGUCGGAGGAGACAUCGCCCCGAGAUAGCAUCUUCAGUGACUCUAGCCCCCCCGUGGGGGAAGAAGGCAUGGUGGAGAGGAAACGGGCAGAUUCCAAACAAAAUGGAGAUGCAAAUGUGGUGCUGUCAGAUGAGGAGGGGGCCUGCCUUACCCAGCCCCUGGCCUCAGCCCCUGAUGAGCGAAGGGCUAUGCGCCGUUCCAGUACCAGAGACAAGAACAAGAAAGCUGCCACCUGUUUUCUGCUCAGUGCUGGAGACUAUGCUUGUGCUGAUGGCAGUGUCCGAAAAGAUGAGGAAGUAGACUCCUGGAGAAAUGAUGUGUCUUGCCCCAGGUCAUCAAGCUGGUUAAAAGAGAAAACCUAUUCUUCCUUUCAUGGCGAAGAGGCUGUAAAUCAGUUGAGGACUCCAGCUGAACCUGGAAGGAGAGAGAUACCUCACAAGCGUAUGUCUACUAGAGCCAUUCCUAUCAGUGACCAUAAAGCCACUGGGGCAUUACUUGGCAGAGAAUACAGUACACUGGAAAACACCAACAGAAAGCAGCACGAUGACAUCACCAGAAGAUACUAGCAGCUCUAAAGCAUCAGAGACAUGUUCCUUCCCAUUUGUAUGCCCUGGCCACAUCUGAUUCUUACCUGUGUACCCAUCCAUCAGUGUGUCCUAGAGGUGUCUACUUUAUCUGUGGAUGGCAUGUGUCUUGGGGUAAUGGAGGAAAUGUCCUAUUUUUCUUUCUAUGCUAUUUCAUUAAAAUGUCUUUGUUUCUAA